UUUGAGUACAAUGUUCACGAUGCAGGUGUGUCAGCAAAGAAACUUGGUCAUCCAAGACAUAAGUUGACCGUAAAGAAUCUGUAACAGAGAAGUGGAGGCAGGUAAGACGAAGCUGAUAGAUUUGGUGUUGACCUGUGACUUUGCUACUGAUGAAGCAGAGAUACGAACGAGGAGCAUUCGACGCUCACGAUAAAUAAGAUUUCUUUGCUUCGUCUUCUCUCUCCCUCUACGUCAUGCCUUCGGUCAGCCAAUAACCCCUCGCUAAAACCGGAUGUAGAUUUCUCCUCUCUGUUCCGGAGAACAGCAGCACGUCGCCCCACCAUGAAGACGGUCCCGGUAGCCAUCGGCCGCGGGAGAAAGGUCGUGCGGAUCCACUGCACCGACGCGGACGCCACCGGUUCCUCCGGCGACGAGAACGAGGCUGCCAUGCGCCGGGUCAAGAGGCACGUCCAGGAGAUCGGGUUUGAGGUGGCGGCGGCGAAGGCGCAGGUUGACAGGCGGCCGCUCGCGGCGGUUUCGGGCUCCUGCUGUGGGAAGCGGUUCCGAGGCGUCCGGCGGCGACCUUGGGGCCGAUGGGCGGCGGAGAUACGCGCCCCAUCGCGGAGGAAGCGGGUGUGGCUGGGGACCUUCGACACCGCGGAGGAAGCUGCCGCCGCGUACGACGCUGCUGCAAUCAGGCUCAGGGGAGACAACGCCGAGACCAUCUUCCCCGCCGGAACGGCGGCGGCGGCCGGAAACAGGGACUUAUCCUCCGUUGGGGAUGCUGCCGCCUCCGACAACCCGUUCUCCUCCCCGUCGUCGGUCCUCUGUAACGGCAUGGACAAGACGCCGUUCGACGUCCUGGGCCACGGCGACGUCGACGCUUUCGGGCUCAGCGUCGAUCCACCGUUACACACAAGGGAGUUGUACCCACCGAAGUGGCCGUGUGGGGACACAGGCGACGAGUUCGCGGAGUUCGCCGCGGAAGAUUUCCUGCUACCGGCAGCACCUUCGAGUCUCUCGAAUGCCGAUACUGCCCUUGCCUUGUCACAGUCGAAACGAGAACAUAUGGCAAGAGUGAACGGUAAGUCGUGCUACGUACGUGUAAGCCGUGUAUUGUCGCCAAAAGUCGUGCUACGUACGUGUAAGCCGCCAUAUUGCGGCAUGCGUGGCACCAUUUGA